AUGCUUAAGCGUAUAUUGUUAGCCACUGCAGCGGCUUUCCUAGCUUGCGACGUUGUCGCUGGAGAGCCCUGCAACAGCACAGCACCUGUUGUCGUCCAUCCCACUCCUCCCGGGGUGAGCAAAUAUGAUUCGUUCGCGGUUCAAGUGCGCUCAGCUGCUCAUAAGAAGCAAGAGUACACUGUGCAACCGUUCCUUGUCCAAGUCGGCGAGGCCAAUACCACCAGCGGAGCGAGUAUUGUGCACAACACUUCUGUCGCUUACUUUGAUUUCUGUGGCUCCGUCGAGGUGUCGUUGACUUACAACAAUGGCCCUAUACGUUCUGCCGUCAUCCGUCCGCAUUCAUACAACAUCGUCCCAAAAGUGCACGGAGACGUCAUCACUUUCUCGCUUGAUUCUCCCAAGAAUGUGGUGAUCCAGGUCAACGAUAAUAUCUGGGACGUGCUCAACCUGCUCACCAACCCCAUUGAGACUGAGGUGCCUCAGCCAUCAGAUCCUGGUAUCAUCUACUUCCAUCCUGGUAUCAACAAUAGCACAGCGGCCACGACAAACAAACAACUACUGAUUCCGCCCGGUAAAACCGUCUAUGUUGCUGCAGGAGCCACCGUCACCCUUCCACUAGGGUUCCACAAUGUUUCUGACGCCAGCAUUCGCGGCCGAGGAUUGUUGCUCAAAGCCCCCGUCACAAUUGAGUAUUCGUCUCGCGUUACAGUCCGCGACCUAGUCCUCAUCAAUACAAACAUCGGCGUCGCAGUGUCAACCGAUGUGACCGUGCGCGGGAUCCGGUCCUUCUCCAUCGGCGCAUGGGGCGACGGAUUCGAUUCCUACUGCAGCCGCAACGUACUGGUGGACAGCGUGUUCAUGCGCAACUCGGACGACAAUAUUGCGCUCUACCAACACCGGAACAACUGGUCGGGAGACUCGAGCAACCUCACUAUCCAGAAUGCAGUCCUCUGGGCGGACUAUGCUCAUCCCAUCAAUAUUGGAACACCUUCGUCCCGCUGUUCUUGGCGAAUAUUCUAUCCCUUUUAG